GCCUCGAGUAUGCCGGCCGGUAUUGGGCACCCCAGCUCCCGCUGGCAGUCUCCACCGAAGCAUGCACAAAAGCCCUGGAGCAGUGGAGAUGCUCAUGGAGCUACUAUACCCCGCGACUUCACUAGCCACGACGGAGGAGGCGCUGCAGGGAAAGUAUAUUGUAUGUCACCGCAGCCGGCGAGCCAGCCAAGAAAUCCUACCAUUCAGCUGCACACUAAACUUUCUCAACGUCGACGGGCACUGCGUGCUCGCCCUUUACUCACCGUCUGAACUCCUGCCCUCCUGCUUCCAACUGCUCCUCCAGCCACCAUUGCGCCUGUUCGUGAUAUCGAAACCAU